AUGGCAGAGGAUGAGGAAGACGACGAGAGCUUCGGUGAUUUCAAGUUCGCUUCCUUUCCGAAUCAAUCACUCCCUUCCACCUCCGCUUGGGGCAACUUCGUCAACCAUUCCAAUCACAUCAAUGGCACCACCGUCUCAAAACCCUCUGAUCCAUUUCGCGUUUCCCCGGAUCCCCUUGGGAAAACUGCAAACAAACCUCGCGGAGGAGCUAUUCCUCUUUCAAUCUUCGGCGAGGAAGACGAUGAACCUGUUUCUGAUUCCAAUUCCAAUGAUUUUUUCUCCAACGGCGGUGGUGUUGUGAAAAAGGGAUCCGAUUCGAAUGGUUCUGUUGGAAUUAGUGAUUUGAUUUCCAAUUUGUAUUAUCAGCAAAACGGAUCAGCUUUGGUUUCCAAUGUUGGUCCUAACAGUCCGAAGAACUUGGAUGUGAACGAUUUGAAUCAGGAUGAGGACGAGGAUGAUGAUGGAUGGGAAUUCAAGUCUGCCGAACGGGAAACUGGAAAUGAAAACUUGAAUGUUAAGGUUGAAACGCCAAAGCAUGGUAACGGUGCGAUUGGAGUUGGUGCUUUGUCAGAUUCAUCUGCUGCAUUUUCUGACAAAGUUGGUGAAUGGAACCUGGGGUUUGAGUUUCCUCCUAUUUCUGCAUCUCACAGCCUUCAGCUAGAUCCGAAAAGUGAAUCAAAUGAAACUGGAGCUGGGUUUACUAUGGUCAAUCAAGCUUUUGGGAAGUUGGCGAAUGCACAUUCAUGGCCAGGAUCAAAUCAAACUUUGGAAGCACCAAAAAAGGAUAAUAUAUAUCUCACUGCUAUAGAAGCACCAAAAAAGGAUAAUAUAUAUCCCACUGCUAUAGAAGCACCAAAAAAGGACAAUAUAUAUCCCACUGCUAUAGAAGCACCCACUGAUGAUGGCGGAGCUUCCCAUAGUACUGUUGAUCCAUCUCUUGCAUCACAAUCUCAUCAAUCUAAUGGGUGGGGCUUUGACUUUAAUUUCAAAUCUAGUUCCAUGGGCGAAAACGGCCUAUUUUCAGAGUCAUACUUCAAGACAGAAAACAACUACGAUGUAAACAACAAAAGCAAUGCCUCCCCAACCAAUAUAAAUGUUGAUUCAGAUGUCAAUUUGUUUGAAUCAAAAGAUGCAGUCGCGGAAAUUGGAAUAAAACAUGAGAAGCCGCUAAUAGCUUCAGAGAAUCGUAGGGAAGCCUUGCCUCUGUCAAUUUUUGGUGAUGAUAUGCCUGAUACAAUUGAACAUUCUGUAUCUCAAGAUUUGUCUCCCCGUGCACCAGUAUCUCCAAUGCAGAACAACUUUAAUAGUCUUCGUUCCAACUUAUCUAUCAAUGACUUGAUAUGGAGUUUAUAUAGUCAAAGUGAAGACAAAACUUCUCCUAAUGUGACACCAAAAGCAAAUGAAAAUCAGAUUCGUGCCUCCCCUGAAUUAUCAGGCUCCGGUUUGGAUCACAGUGAUGAUUUUGAUGAUGACUUUGGGGACUUUAAGGAUGCUUCACCUGAAACCACAUUGACCCAGGAAUCUGCACAAAACACGUCUCAUUAUCCAACAGAAGUCACUGAGAAUGGGUUGCAGACUUCUUUGGGUGUUUUAAAUUUUGAUUUGAUCAAUGAUAAUGAUGGUUUUGAAGAUGACUCGUGGGAAUUUAAGGAUGCUAUAUCUGGAAAAAGUACUCAAGAUCAAGCAUCUACUAUAGAUCACAGAGAUUUACUGACGCAGUCAUCCUCCAAAUUAGAACCAUCUGAUUGUGUGGAGUUUUUUAGCACAUUGAAGGAUGAGUUGUGCAAUAAUGUUCUGUUCCAUCUUCAGAACCUUAAAAAAGCUCGAGAUGUUGCGGCUCUUUCAGGCGAAGAUGCAAAAGUAAAAGCUCUUGAGGUGGAAAUUCAGGAAUUUUCUCAGAUACUGCAUCAGCAUCAUAUGGGCGUACCCGUUGAAUAUCUCUCAGAAAAUUAUUCGCCGAGAAAUGUAAACUUUAAUGAGCUUCUUAAAGUUUUGAAGGAGCCAAAGUUCCUACCUCUUGAAUCAGAAUACCAGCUAGCAUUAAGGUUGUCUGAGGCCGAGACGGAUAUAAAAUCUGCUAUGGAACUCUUGAAAGAAUCAGCAUCAACAUUAAGAAUUCUCAAGUUGGGAUCAGGAGAAGAACAAUCUAAUUAUCUUACAAUAUGGUCCAAGAUUGCCGUUGUUUGUUCUCAAGAGCUGCAACAUGGUGCUUAUACCUGGAAGGAAGCCGUUCAAAAGAAUGUCCAUGACCAGUUAUUAUCUAUCCCAAAAGGUGUUCGGUAUGUCCAUGCACUUGGAGAAAUUUAUAGAGUGUCAGAAAUUGUUGGAGCUUCGGCCAAAUUUCACAAACCAUGGAUCUUAUCAGGUUCCAUAGAUUGUACAAGUUUAUUUGCUCUUUUGAACGAGUGUAAUAGCCUAUGGUUGGCUUCAGGACUUGAAGAAGCUCUUUCUAGUAUAUCAAAGAAUAAUAACUUUGAUGUGAAUGGCAUCUCAAGGGACUUAGUUGAAUCCAUUAAGUACAUUCACGAGCUUGAUGAGCAUGUACUUCAGACCUAUAUCUUCUCAGGAGAGGAAACUAUGUGCCAAUUGUCAGCCUUGCCUGCUGGUUGCAUACCAGGAUUAGAUUUGGUGACAUGGAAUGGGAAGCACUGCUUUGUCAAGCUCGCGAACUUGUGGGUCAAUCUAAUAAGUUCAGAUCCUCCCAAGUGA